AAGUGUCCGGACAGGAAGGGGGUGAAAGUGUCUGGACUGGAAGGGGGUGAAAGUGUCCGGACUGGAAGGGGGGUGAAAGUGUCCGGACUGGAAGGGGGUGCAAGUGUCCGGACUGGAAGGGGGGGAAAGUGUCCGGACUGGAAGGGGGGUGAAAGUGUCCGGACAGGAAGGGGGUGAAAGUGUCUGGACUGGAAGGGGGUGAAAGUGUCCGGACUGGAAGGGGGUGCAAGUGUCCGGACUGGAAGGGGGGGGAAAGUGUCCGGACUGGAAGGGGGGGAAAGUGUCCGGACUGGAAGGGGGGGGAAAG